CACGUUGUCGGUUCACGAAUGAAGUGUUGACCUUCCACGUAGCUGAUUUUGUUGUGGGGACGCGUUACCGGAACGUGAGAUUGUGUUCAGUUACCAUUCCGGAACACCGGAGAGUAGUUGUAUAUUAAAAUCGUGUCGAUUCGAAUUACGUGUUGAGGGUGAAAUAUCUUAACAAAAUACAUUAAAAAUGAAACAUUUCUUAUUACUGAUACUGCUGGCGUUUCCAGCCACACUUCUCACAGUCAAUAACGGACCGUUAUUUGUGAAUGGUGAAGAAGAUGAGAUCGUCGACGACGCAAUUGACAUUGAAGCAGACGAUGGAACCGUUAUUACUGACGAUGAGAUAGAGGGAGAAACAACGAAAGCAUCAGCCGAUGCUGAAACUGUUAUUCUUUUCACAAAACCAGUUGUCUCUUCCGCUGCGACGAUGGAACUGCCAGCCGGUGUUUUGGUUGAAUUCCUUGUUGGCUUUACAAACAAGGGUGAAGUUGAUUUCACCAUAGACACUGUCGAUGCUUCUUUCCGUUAUCCAAUGGACUUUAACUUCUACAUCCAAAAUUUCUCCACAAUUACAUAUAACAAAGUCGUAAAGCCAAACCAUGAAGCUACUGUAGCUUAUUCUUUCAUACCGUCGGAAGUAUUUGCUGGCAGACCCUUCGGACUCAACAUUAAUCUCAAUUACAGAGAUGCUAACGGAAUCGGUUUCACUGAUGCGGUCUACAAUGAAACGAUACAAAUUAUCGAAUUGGACGAAGGACUUGACGGUGAAACAAUGUUCCUUUACGUGUUCCUGGCAGCUUGUGUCAUAUUGACACUCGUUGGCGGUCAACAGUUGUUGUCUUCCUUUGGCCGUAAAUCGCGGUUCUCUUCCGGUCGUAAAGCGCCUGUUGAAAUGGGCACAUCCAACCCCAACAACGUUGACUACGACUGGCUACCAAAAGACACUCUCAACAGGCUAAGUAAAUCUCCAAGAACUCCAAAACAGAGUCCGAGACAGAGAAAGGCCAAGCGGUCCGCAGGGUCUGAUGACUGAUUUAUAUUUACGUAAUUUAUAUACCAGAUAUGAUUUUCAAAUUGCUGAAGUAAAAUUGUAGAUUUACUACAAUUUGAAAAAGAAGAAAUUUUGCAAAAAUACUGUGUCUAAACUCGAGAAAAUUUAUUUAUGUUUGAA